AUUCUUCGUUUUGACUGGGAAACAAAAAAUCAACAAGAAGUUGACAUCAAUUUAAGAGUGAAUAAUAUAUACUUGAAAUUAGAAAUGGAGCAUUCAAUAGAUGGAGAUUUUGAAAUGAGUGUGACCUCCAAGAAACGUGACCUCACUCACGUUGACGAUGUGGAAGAGCGACCUGGCAAGAUGAAGACAUUCGUGACUAGUUCAAUGGCUACCAAACCAACAGAUCUGUCUGUUGAUGCGGUUAAUUCAAGCGCAGAUGAGGCUGGAACAUCAGCGGCUGGAAACUUGGACGGUGCUGGAACGUCAGGGUACAACAGAGUCGCUGCGUCAUACGCUGAUGAUCAGGAAGAUGAUGAAUGGUUGCAAUCUCACCACAGGACGCUAUGUGAAAUGUUCCCUGAUGCUGACCCGGAAUAUCUGUUAUUAAAAUGCGCAGAAGUCGAGCCUUGCGGCGCUCGCUUUGAAGCCCUCGUUGUGGAGCUCAUGGAUACCAAGAAUUAUCCCAAGAUGCAGGACUAUAUUUCCAGGACAAAACGCAUGGAAAUGCGUAAAAAGUUCCUAGAUGAUAUGACUGUUCCUGAGUUCUUGGAGCUUUUCGAAGAUCCCGAAAAGGUGUUCAACGACCACAACAAGGUGAUGAAUCUCCAGUACCGCCACAACUCGCGGGCCCAGCUGCUCAAUGACCUGCCUUACCAUUAUGCCAAAGAUGUCGACCGCGUCCUCAACGCCAAUAACUACCACUACCUUCCGUCCUUGCGCGAACUUAAGUCCGAAUACUUUGACCGGCGUAGAAUCAAGCGCAAAGAAACUCCGAUCAGCGGCGAACUCGAAGACUUCUUCCUGAAGGAGCUUUACUACGCGCGCAUGGAGGAGUCCAUAGGAAGGCACCGCGCGGCCCAGGAGGAGGCCAAGAAGGAGGUUUUCGCUGCAGCAAAAGAUGCCGGACUGCUGCGCACGUGUACCAUUUGUUGUGAAGACGAAAUACUUGAAGAAGACAUGCGGGCUUGUGCCAGUCUUGAUUCCCCGCACCUCUUCUGUAAAACUUGUGUUGGGAGAUAUUGCGAGGAGCAGAUCGGGCAAGGAAGUUUAAAAUUUGCCUGCUGUGACAGCUCGUGCAAGGAAGAGUUUUCCCUUAACGUCAUCAAGACUGUACUUAAAUCCUCGGUAUUCUCAAACUUACUGAAGAGGAAGCAAGCCGAGGAGAUCAUGGCUGCUGGUAUCGCUGAUCUCGAGUGUUGUCCUUUCUGCAAUUUCGCCACAAUUAUGCCCAAUAAAGAGGAUAAGAUUUUCCAUUGCCUGAAUCCUGAGUGUCUGAAAGAUACGUGUCGCCUGUGCAAGGAGCCCGCGCACAUCCCGCUACGCUGCGAGGAAAUCGAGACGAAAGCUCAACUUUCCGCCAGGACUUACCUUGAGAACCAAAUGACUGAAGCAAUGGUCAGAGAAUGCUACAAGUGUGGCAAGCGCUUCAUCAAAGAGGAAGGAUGCAACAAAAUGCAGUGUUUGUGUGGUGCUAAGAUGUGCUACGUCUGCAAGAAGCCAAUAACAGGAUACGAUCACUUCGACGACGGUCCUUACAGAGCAACUGCCGGGGAUCUGCUGCCGUCACAAAGGAGCAAGUGCCCGAAGUAUAGCGACUCACGGAAGCUGCAUGCUGAGGAGGUGAAGAGGAAAGCCGAGGAGGCCAAGAAGACACUGGAUCCUGACGUGCAGCUCAAGCAUGACCCCACCAAAUAUGUACCGCAGCAGGGCCCUGCGACUGCUGUACAGAUGCAACGGCAGCCUUAUCCUGAGCACCAGUAUCCUCCCUACGAACGCAAUGUGCUAUUUGGUUACCUGGAAUAUCUUCCGCCGCCUCUUCCUGCCGGCGCCGGUCGUGGCCCGGCUCUUCCUCCUGCCGGCGCCGGUCGUGGCCCGGCUCUUCCUCCUGCCGGCGCCGGUCGUCGCCCGGCUCUUCCUCCUGCCGGCGCCGGUCGUCGCCCGCCUCUUCCUGCCGGCGCUGGUCGUCGCCCGGCUCCUCCUGCUGCCCCCCGCGGGGCGCGUCCCUAAACUGGGGGAUGUGAGAGCAGGGCUGCAGCUUCGGCAGCUGGUGAACGUGCAGACAGGCAGCGCAGGCAACAGCCACUACAAGAUCAAGCACAGCCUGCAACUCCGCCGCGCACCUCAAGGCCUCGUGCCAAUGAGUGAGCCGUCUCUGCGACAGCCACCUCCAUCUUUAUCUUGUGUAUUUUCACGCUAUUAAUAAUAUGGGAAGUGAGUGUAUAAUGCACUGUUCAUAAGCUGCUGUUGUCAUUAUUUAUUUUAUCAAUGUAAAAGAUAGAGCCAUACAAAAAGGGAACCUUUCUUCACCAGCUUUUCACCAGGGUAUAAUGCACUGUUUUUAAGCUGCUGUUGUCAUUAUUUAUUUUAUCACUGUAAAAGAUAAAGCCAUAUAAAAAGGGAACCUCUUCUCACCAGCUUUUAUUAGUUGGGAUGCAACGUAUCUCUCAAGUAUUUAAUCUAAGAUUUUAACUAGAUUUUUUUAUUGUAAUUUGGCCUAUAGUUUAUUAUGCACUUCUCAUCUCAUCGUAAAUGUUACAUGUUUCUAUACUGAGCGACCAAUGUCAGUCGAUAUCUCUUUUGCGCUUAUGCAGUCGUUAAAGUUUUGCUGCAAAUUAUCUAAAUAUCUAUCCGGUUUAUAUAUUAUAAAUCUAUUGGGACUGAGUAUUACUCGAUAAAGGCAAGUUUAUUCUUCACAAAUGAUUUAGGGAAAACACGGGAAGAGCUUCUUCUUUGAGGAUUUUUAUUGUUUUGGAACAUGCGUGUUUGUCGACUGCUGCUCCUAUCAAAAUAUAUCAUUUCAUUCAUUUAUUUUGUUUGUGUUAAAAUUAA